AGCACAUUCACGUUUAAUGCACAAAAACCUCUCCGGCUCCUAGAGUUUUGCCACUGUGGCCACAGCAAAAUAUCGCAUCAAGCUAGCACACUGGAGAGUUGCAAAGCCAAUCUGUCUGCUGACCGGGUGAAAGGCAUCCACUAAACAUGAAACCGAUGGCCAAGACUCAAGUAUAUUUGGGUCUCCUGCAUGGGAUCAUCCUACCAUUCUGCUUACAAGUACGAGUGACUGCUACUGAGGAUGCGUUCACGACAAGUCCCUCUGUUCUCACUACCCAAACCCCAACGGACCCAAGUACUACAGUAGUUUCACAGGAGAUUCUUACUACACUGGCCUCCCAGGAGACAACUGCAUAUACAACGCAGACAACCACCCUCGAAUCUACAUCCCCAGUCCAGACAACCACACCUCUGUUAUCCACCUCUCAUUCCUCAUCCCCAGAGAUACCAACAUCUCCACCAUUAGCCUCAACUGUUUCGCCAGAUGUGCUAACAUCUUCUUCCUCCGCCACUGGGACUGAUCAAGAAUCGGUGACUCUUGGCGACAACCAGGCUGGAGCUGAACUCUGCGCGGAAAAUAAUAAGAGACUGAUGCUGAUAUGCCUCAUAAUCAUUGGGCUACUUGUCUUCCUUUGUGUGUGCCUUCUCUUAGUCAUUGUCAUCCUGGCAAGCAAGCUUUCCUAUAUCAAGAGAGGCCAGACAAACAGGCGCCUCCCCAGGAGCAAUGGAGAUUUUCUGACCACCAAAAGUUUGUGGCCCGCUGGGUUAGAGACGCUGCAGAGGAUGACCGCCGAGGCAACGGAAACAAGCCUCGCCGUCCAAGGCCCAGGGCCAGAGAGAAUACCUGCAGGGCAAGGGAAAGUUGGAGAAGAAACUAGCAGGAGGCUGGCUAGUGAAAUAUCAAUCCGACAAAAGCACAAGGAGAUGUCACCAAAGGAAACCUCAGCAAAACCUCAGAACAGCACCUUAACCAAGGUUGAGGUUUAAAGCAUCAUUCUGGUACCCAAACCCUGGUACCCGACGGCUGGAUGCCAUUGGUGGAGAGGCAAUGGUUUCAGAAAUGUUGCACUACUGGAGAUGUGACUGUCUCCCUCUUUUUUUGGCCUUGUCCUCCUCAUCAUCCAAAAAUUUGCUCCUGAAAGAUUCCCAGUCUUCCAGCACAGAUUUUGCAGGAAUACUGGUAUAUGUAUGUAUAUCUCUGUGUAGUACCAAUCAUUCCUUCCCAGUUCUGUUAGAAGCAAUUUUGUCAGCGGAGUGACAGCACUGGAUGAGACUGCAGUAUUUCCAUGGUGCAGGUGGCACAAGAUGAUGGGCCAUAUCAAAGAGAAAAUGUCCAUGCACCUAAAGGAACGGAGAUGAUUUUGCUUUAAGGAAGAGCUGAACGUUAAUGCAUGCAAAGGAAAAAGCAAGCAAACAUUGCCACAGAGUGGGAAAAUAGAUGUUCAGGCUGGCAGAGCAUAUACCGCCCCACAUCACAUGGAGAAGCGGAACUAUAAAUAAAGACUUUUGACAAUUGUUUGCAUGGUAUGGACCACAGGGACAGACAAAAACUGCGGGGGGGGCAGAAUGGUUUGGUUAUCAAUCACUAGAAAAGAGGUUUCUAUGUGUGGGGGAAUGCAUUUUCAUGGGUAACGGCAAAAAUAACCCCCAGUAAUGCAUUUUAAUUAGAAAGUAUAUUGUGACAUUUCCCCCCCCCAAAAACAAAUAAGUUUAAAAUCUAAUAUUUUAAACAUGCAUAAUAGUUGCGCAAAUGAAUUAACAGUAACUGAGAAGGAAAUGUCUGCUGUGCAAAUAAUGAUCUGAACCGUUAAUAAUGUCUAAUGUGCCAUAAUUUCUUUGAAAACAGAAAAGGAAAGCUGUCCACCUGAGAUUCUUUCAAAUAUGUUACUUUCAAGAGCACUGAAUGACUGCAUGGUAUCAAUACGUGUGUCAAUGCUGAAAAUGAAUUUUCACACACCAAAGGUGACCCACGCAUCAUACAAUGCAUACAUGUGUGGAAAGGCUACCUUGUAAAGGCACAAAGUUUGAAUAAGUUUAUGAAGUUUUCAUAUUUCCCCCCCAGAACAUACACAGCAGAAUGUCGAAACCCGGAUGCAAGGAGAUGGCUUUCUAAAGGCUCAUCUAUUGGCUUGCUACUGUUCAUAGCAGGCACGAUACCUUUCAUUUCUAUAGUUCUUUUAUACUUACAAAAAUUGAGCUCUUCUCCCUUUGUUCUCACCUCUGUGAGAUAGAUCACUUUGCACAUUUGGCAGAUAAAGAAGCGACAUUAAUAAAGA